AUGUAUACAAGUGUUGAAAUUAUAUGUGAAUCAUCGCCAUCACUAUCAUCAUCAUCAUCAUCAUCAUCAUCAUCAUCAUCAUCAUCAUCAUCAUCAUCAUCAUCAUCAUCAUCAUCAUCAUCAUCAUCAUCAUCAUCAUCAUCAUCAUCAUCAUCAUCAUCAUCAUCAUCAUCAUCAUCAUCAUCAUCAUCAUCAUCAUCAUCAUCAUCAUCAUCAUCAUCAUCAUCAUCAUCAUCAUCAUCAUCAUCAUCAUCAUCAUCAUCAUCAUCAUCAUCAUCAUCAUCAUCAUCAUCAUCAUCAUCAUCAUCAUCAUCAUCAUCAUCAUCAUCAUCAUCAUCAUCAUCAUCAUCAUCAUCAUCAUCAUCAUCAUCAUCAUCAUCAUCAUCAUCAUCAUCAUCAUCAUCAUCAUCAUCAUCAUCAUCAUCAUCAUCAUCAUCAUCAUCAUCAUCAUCAUCAUCAUCAUCAUCAUCAUCAUCAUCAUCAUCAUCAUCAUCAUCAUCAUCAUCAUCAUCAUCAUCAUCAUCAUCAUCAUCAUCAUCAUCAUCAUCAUCAUCAUCAUCAUCAUCAUCAUCUCAUCAUCAUCAUCAUCAUCAUCAUCAUCAUCAUCAUCAUCAUCAUCAUCAUCAUCAUCAUCAUCAACACAUUAUAAACGGAUUGAACAAUGACCUUUCAUUUAUAUCAAAUGAUUAA